UGGAAAAGAAAAAAAAAUUCAGUCGGGACUUAUUGAAGGACAAAUUAACCCCACCAUUUUUUUUUUUUUUUCACUCUCUUUAAUGCUGCAGCCGUAUUUGGACAACCUUACAAAAAGAUCCAUCAAAUAAUCAUCUUGGGUGUCCUCUACUGAAAAAAUGGAGAAGAGCUGGAAACUAGCUUUACUCCUCCUGCAUAUAUUUCUAAAGGACUCUGCUUUUGCAGCUGGUGUUGGUGUUGGUGCUACUAUUGGCAAUGUUGGUGGAAAGGUUGGUGUUGGGAUUGGCAAUGCUGGUGGAGGAAGUGGUGUUGGUGUCGGAGUUGGUGUUGGUAUUGGCAAUGGUGGUGGUGGUGGUGGUGGUGGUGGUGGUGGUGGUGGUGGAGGAGGGUUUUGGAUAGGUGGUGGAAUCAAUGGCCAAGGCCCAUCUGGGUCUCCUCCUUCAAAUCUCAACAGAGCUUAUACUGCCCUGCAAGCAUGGAAAUCUGCAAUCAGUGAUGACCCAUUAGGGAUUUUGAAGACUUGGGUUGGGAAUGAUGUUUGUUCUUACAAAGGGGUUUUCUGUGCAUAUCCUCAGUAUGAAACUUCUGGUCCUGUAGUUGCAGGGAUAGAUCUCAACCAUGCAAAUCUUCAAGGAAUUCUUGUCAAUGAACUCUCUUUCCUCACUGAUAUGUCUCUUCUCCAUCUCAACACCAACAGAUUUUCAGGCAAAAUUCCUGAUACUUUCAAAGAUCUUACUUCUCUCAAAGAGUUAGACCUCAGCAACAACCAGUUUUCAGGUCCUUUUCCUGUUGUCACCCUUUACAUGCCAAAUCUCAUUUACUUAGACCUCAGGUUCAAUAAAUUCUCUGGACCCAUUCCUGAAGAUCUCUUCAACAAGAAGUUGGAUGCAAUUUUUCUCAACAACAACCAGUUUGGUGGUGAACUUCCUGAAAGUUUGGGGAAUUCCCAAGCUUCUGUCAUAAACUUGGCAAGCAACAAAUUCACUGGAAACAUUCCAUUUAGUUUUGGUUUCAUGGGUUCUAAAUUGAAGGAGAUUUUGUUCCUCAACAACCAGUUAACAGGUUGCAUUCCUGAAGGAGUUGGUUUUUUCACAGAGAUUCAAGUCUUGGAUGUGAGCUCAAAUUCUCUGGAAGGUCAUCUACCAGAUACAAUAGCUUGUCUCCAAGACAUUGAAGUUCUCAAUUUGGCGCGCAAUAGGCUAUCAGGGGUUCUUCCAGACCUUGUUUGUUCCCUGAGAAAUUUGGUGAAUCUGACAGUUGCUUACAAUUUCUUUUCUGGGUUUAGUGAAGAAUGUAGCAGGCUGUACUACAGAAAUGUGGGUUUUGAUUUCUUGUACAAUUGCAUUCCUGGGAGGAACAUGCAGAGACCUCAACCAGAAUGCUCUGUGAUUCCAGGAGGUGGUUUGAAUUGUCUGAGAAUUCCUGCUGCACAGCCACUUGCUUGUGGGGCAAGAAUUAUAAGUCCAGAACCAGAAAUUGAGCCAACCUCUUCAUCAUCAUCAUCAACAUCUCCAUGAGAAAAAGAGAGUUUUACCAAAAACCACUAUUGUAAAAGAGGUGGGUAAGUGAAAUAGCUGUAUUAUUAACUAAUAGCAAUUAUUAUUCAGAACUUCCUAAUUUAAUUUCUUUGAUGGAAUUGGAAUCAGUAUAUCUGAAAGUUAUCAUGCAUACUUGUCUUGUAGGAUGAGAUCUCCCUGGUAAUUUCCAAUCUAAAGCCAGCUUUUUCUAUUAUUAUUAGAUUGAGCAAUAAACAGUGAAUAAAAAAAAAAAUGGGUUUAUUUGUUUA